AUGGAUCAACCAUUAAGCAACUGGAGAUCUCCUUCUCCUCAUUAUCGCAUUGAGUUCCCGACGUCUCCGGUGGUGCCGGAGCAGGGACAUGAAAUGUUCCAUGUGACUCACCCGCAACACUCCAUCUCCCGAGCUCACUUCCCCGACCUCUUCGACUGCGCAGCCUACAAAGAGCUUGGCGCAGGCCUCCGAUUUGCUUGCACCCCAUCCACCCCUUUCACAAACUCAUUUUGUAUUACAAACCAGGAAUAUGGUAUUCCCAUGAGCUUUAAAGGUGGAAUAUUGAAAUUGGGGUGCGAUAUCUGUGCCAAGCCAAUCAAAGGAAGCGUUUUCAAAUGCAGUGUAUGCAGUUUCCAGAUGCACCCAUGCUGUGCCAUGUUGUCUACCGAUAUAUUCAACAAAUCAGUCCAUCCCCACACUCUAAGGCUCUUGCUUCUGCACGGCCACGGCCAGUCAUCGAAUGCCGACUCUGCUGGCGUCUUCUGUGGCGAGUGCAACCGCAGGAGGUCCGGGAGAGUGUACCAUUGCACCAUCUGUGAUUAUCAUCUCCAUGCAGUGUGUGCUAAGAACACAGUGAAUGGACUUGGAGCCAACGGGUUCAAAGGUAUUGAAAAGUUAGGGACUGCAGCUAGGGUUGCUUCUCAGGUGGUGAAGGAAUUCAUUGGAGGACCCUUUGAAGGGCUUGGAGAAGGGGUUGGAGAGGUCCUAAUUCAGAGUGCUGCGAAAGGAUCAAGGUGCCGCAUUAAUAUCUCACCGAGUUGCAAUGGCGGAAAAAAAUUAUUUUUGAGGGUGGCACAUAUAUGUUAA